GUCGCAGAAGGUGUCCGCCGGACACCUUCCCCCUCCCCUGACCUAGCCCUGUACAGCGGCAGCCCCUGAACUGGCCGGGGGAUCCCAGAGUUGCCUGCCCACUGCAAAGCAUUUAUAGCAACAGCUUCUCACUACGACAUGGCUGAGAUCACCAAUAUCCGACCUAGCUUUGAUGUGUCACCGGUGGUGGCUGGCCUCAUCGGGGCCUCUGUGCUGGUGGUGUGUGUCUCUGUGACCGUCUUUGUCUGGACAUGCUGCCACCAGCAGGCAGAGAAGAAGCACAAGACCCCACCCUACAAGUUCAUUCACAUGCUCAAAGGCAUCAGUAUAUACCCAGAGACCCUCAGCAACAAGAAGAAAAUCAUCAAAGUGCGGAGAGACAAAGAUGGCCCUGGGAGGGAGGGUGGACACGGAAACCUGUUGGUGGACGCAGCAGAGGCAGGCCUGCUGGGCCAAGACAAGGGUCCCAGGGGUCCUAACUCUGGAUCUUGUAUAGACCAAUUACCCAUUAAAGUCGACUAUGGGGAAGAACUGAGGAGCCCUGCUGUGAGCCUGACCCCUGGGGAGAGCAAAACCACUUCUCCAUCAUCUCCAGAGGAGGAUGUCAUGUUAGGAUCCCUCACCUUCUCCGUGGACUAUAACUUCCCGAAAAAAGCUCUGGUGGUGACAAUCCAGGAGGCCCAUGGACUGCCAGUGAUGGAUGACCAGACCCAGGGCUCUGACCCCUACAUCAAAAUGACCAUUCUUCCUGACAAGCGGCAUCGGGUGAAGACCAGAGUGCUGCGGAAGACCCUGGACCCCGUGUUUGAUGAGACCUUCACCUUCUAUGGCAUCCCAUACAGCCAGCUGCAGGACCUGGUGCUGCACUUCCUCGUCCUCAGCUUUGACCGCUUCUCCCGGGACGACGUCAUCGGGGAGGUCAUGGUGCCGUUGGCUGGGGUGGACCCCAGCACAGGCAAGGUACAGCUGACCAGGGACAUCAUCAAGAGGAACAUCCAGAAGUGCAUUAGCAGAGGGGAGCUCCAGGUAUCGCUGUCCUAUCAGCCUGUGGCACAGAGAAUGACAGUGGUGGUCCUCAAAGCCAGACACUUGCCGAAGAUGGAUAUCACCGGUCUCUCAGGUAAUCCUUAUGUCAAGGUGAACGUCUACUACGGCAGAAAGCGCAUCGCCAAGAAGAAAACCCACGUGAAGAAGUGCACUUUGAACCCAGUCUUCAAUGAGUCUUUCAUCUAUGACAUCCCCACUGACCUCCUGCCUGACAUCAGCAUUGAGUUCCUCGUCAUCGACUUCGACCGCACCACCAAAAACGAGGUGGUGGGGAGGCUGAUCCUAGGGGCACACAGUGUCACAGCCAACGGUGCGGAACACUGGAGAGAGGUCUGCGAGAGCCCACGCAAGCCUGUGACCAAGUGGCACAGUCUGAGCGAGUACUAAUCCCAUUCUCCUCGCCUCUAACCCAGGGGCCAGGCUGGGGAGGGACAUGGCCGGGAGAGAGAGGACAGAGGGAAGCAGUCUCAAAACCUCAUUUUAGUUGUAGAAGAAAAUUUCUCACAAAACAAACCCCAUCGAGAACACUCCACAUGACCACAGCCGCUGAUCAGUUCUUAGCGAUGACGGUUUUUCUCCUUUGCAAGGCACUAGAAAAAAAAAUUCUUUUUUAAUUGAAAUGGGGGGGGAAAAAAGAGAGGGAAAGACCCCUACGAGUCUAUAUAUAACAGUGUAACCUUAUACUUGCAUGUCUAAUACAAACUGAAGAAAUUAGCCUAACUACCAAUAUCAAGUGACAGAUCUUAUUCCAGAACAAUUGUGUUUUGUGCUGAAUUGUAUUUGCUGAUUACGUGAAAUCAGCCUCCUUUCAUUGGGCUUCUCUGGAGAGUUCCUCUCACUCCCCACCUCUGCAGAAGAAAAUUUUGCUCUUGUCAAACCUUGUGUUUUCAUCAUCCCCAUCUUUUCUCCCUAUUACCUCUUACAUCUUUGCUCUUUGGCUAAAUUCAAGGUCCAGAAGUCUGAGGUAAACCAAGAAUAAAUGCGGAAUGGAUAAAGCAGAGCUUACAGGAGAAAGAGUAAUUGAGAAAUGAGGCAUUUUUCGCUGUCAGUCCUCCUGCUAGCUACAGUGGGGUAAAGGGCAUUCUAGGACUGAUUGUAGCCCCAAUGAAGCACACAGAACACAAGAGACUUAUCAAGUAGAACUUGGGUUUACAAAGCUAGGUGACUUCUCUAAAAGGAGCUUUGAGACUCCAAAUCCAGUUAUAGGAUAGUUACCAAUGAACACACUCAGCUGCUCCCUAAUGCCAUGUGGAGGUAUAAGGACAAGGAGAGGAGAAAUGAGGUGACUGACAUCUUCCUUUGCAGCUAUCCAUGGAAGUGACAGCCAUUUAUUGGUUGAUGGGUUGGAAACCAUCCAAAGGCCGAAGGAUUAAGUUAGCCUUUUUUUUUCCAGAAAUACUGACCAUUGAGAAGCUUUAGAGUUUCUCAGGUAGCUUAGAUACUGUCAUAAGGUUAAUUUUGCUUCAUAAGGAAAAAGGCCCUCAGAAAUGAUUCUUUCUCCUUGAAUUUUUUAGUAAUGGCCCUUAAAAAGAAUGGUGUGGCUAAAUGAGUAACAAAGGUAACUUGGAUUCUCUCAGAACACUCUUUCCCUCAAAAUAAAGUGCUUAGUUCUUGGAACUCAUGAGUCUCACAACAUGAUGGAGAGAUGGGGGAACUACAGAGUUUAACCUUCCUCCUACCACUGGCCGAGAGAGGUUGAGAGAGAUUCAGCAUCUUACUGGGGUUAGAAUCAAGUCUCCUGACUCCCAGUCCAGCCAUGUCUCUAAUGUAGAGACUUUUCAGAUGGUAGAGAAUUCAUUGACAAUAAGUAAGCUUACAUAGGCAGUAGAUAUUUUUGCCAGCCUGAAGAGGAACUCAAAUGAGCAACAGCUUGAACCAGGGCCUGAAAGAUUAGCUAAGGUUGAAGUGUCCACUUUCAUACCAGAACAUCACUUUCUAACUUGCUUCUGAGGAGACAGUUGAAAAGCUGAGUCUCCAUGGAGGGGGUAGUGAACUUGCCUUU